GAAGAAAGUAGCUUUUGACUUGUUUGUUUAGGACGUGUAUUGACUUUUAUGAUUAGGACGUGUUUUGACAUGAAUGUUUAGGACGUGUUUUGAUUAAAAUCCAGCGUAACUAUGAAUGCUCCAAUUAUUUGGAUGAUGGGCGGUCCGGGAAGCGGCAAAGGAACUCAGACCCAGAAAAUAGCGCAAAAGUACGGAUACACUCAUAUUGACCCCGUCGAAUUGGUGGAUUAUGAGAUGUCAGCAAAGACCAAAAUUGGAGAAAAAUUCACAAAUAUGCAAACUGCCGGAAACACAGUUCCCCUAUUAGAAAUUAUACCUUUGAUCAAACAUCAAAUGAUAACCCACCGAAAUAAUAAGGGUUCUGUAAUUGAUGGAUACCCUGCUGAUUUGGAGGAGGCUAAUAUACUAGAGGACAAGCUCGGUCCGCCCAGCAAAAUCAUUGCGUUGGAAUUGAGAGAGGAAGUCGGCAAUCGACGCAGUUCCCAAUCUUCCACGGCCUCACGUCCCAGUUAUUCAGAGUAUGUAAGUGCCUCGAGGCCGGUAAUACAAAGAUAUGCAGACAUUACUCUGAUUGUUAAUGGAGACCAAGAACCUGAAAGAGUGUUUGAUGAAAUUCAGGCUAACAUGGACCGCUUUGUUCGUCAUAGGUCAAAAUUGUCAGUCACUCGGUAGAUGAAUACUUAUGAUGGGUGUUACAUAAAAACUGAAUUUGAACUUUGAAAAAAAAAAAAACUGCUCCUAUCGGGAAAGUAAAAAUAAGUUCAAUUUUUAGAAACCUCCCCAGCAACAUAAGCUAAUUCUGGAUAUCUGCAAAAAUUAAAAGUUAAAAAUCGGCAUAAAAUGAUGGAAAUUGCAGAAAGUUUCUUUCCCAAAAGAAGGUACAUCGAUUUAUAACAAAAUGAACACCCUCAGAAAUAAUACUCAAAAAAUCAAACCGGACAAAAACAAUUGCUAAUUGGAUUGAAUUAAAUCGGUAUAGUUAAGGCGCUACCGAUCUUCAUCAUGGAAACAUGAACCACAGCGAUUAUAAUAUUCAAAAUUCGAUUUGAAAAAGUUCGGGUUAUUGGUGGAACGACCAAUGGGGUGAACAAUGUUAACAAUUCGAAGGCAUUAACGAGAUCGACAAAAUAAAGGAGCAAUCAAUUCUAUGGACAGUGGC